AUGGCUAGUGAGGGACAGGAGAUCGCCAUUAUAGGCUCUGGGUGUCGGUUUCCUGGAAAUGCCAACUCGCCGUCAAAGCUCUGGGCACUGUUACGAGAUCCAACCUCCGUGGCAAGCAAAGUCCCAGCCCUUGGUGGAUACUACCACGAGGACGCGCUGUAUCAUGGCCAUGCCAACGUAAAGGAGGCAUAUCUGUUAGCCGGUGAUGAUACCCACCGACGCUUCGAUGCCGCCUUCUUUGGCAUCAAGCCCUCCGAGGCAAAUGUACUGGAUCCCCAGGUCCGAUUACUUCUCGAGACCAUUUACGAGGCCCUUGAGGAUGGCGGACAGCCCAUUGAUUCACUGAGAGGCUCGGACACAGCCGUAUAUGCGGGGCAGAUGGUGAACGAUUACGAGCUGCUGAUGUAUCGAGACCAUGAGAACCUGGGCAGAUACCAUGCCACUGGCACAUCGCGGACCAUGCUCUCAAACCGGGUCUCUUUUUUCUUCGACUGGCGCGGCCCAUCAAUGACAAUUGACACGGCAUGCAGCUCCAGUCUGGUUGCCCUGCAUAAUGCGGUCCAGCAACUGCAAUCAGGGCACUCGCGUGUCGCAAUCGUGGCUGGAUCCAAUCUUAUAUAUGACGUGGGCUCCUUCAUUGCCGAAACCAACCUGCAAAUGCUCUCACCCAACGGUCAAUCACGCAUGUGGGAUGCCGACGCCGACGGCUACGCCCGAGGAGAAGGCGUCUCUGCUGUCGUGCUCAAGACACGUGAGGCUGCUGAGGCCGAUGGAGACCAUAUCGACUGUAUUAUCCGGGCCACGGCCGUAAAUCAGGAUGGCAAGACACCUGGUCAGACGAUGCCAAGUGCAUCUGCACAGGCACAACUCAUCCGAGAUUGUUAUGCUCGUGCCGGGCUAGACUUGACAAAUACUGCACACCAUCCGCAGUAUUUCGAGGCACACGGGACAGGCACGCCUGCGGGUGAUCCGAUUGAGGCCGAAGCCAUCAGUUCCGCCUUCUUUCCAGGCGUGUCAAACCCAUCGUCGAUGUUUGUCGGUAGCAUCAAGACCGUUAUCGGCCACACUGAAGGGACAGCCGGCAUCGCAGGACUACUCAAGGCAUCACUCGCCCUGCAGAACAAGCAGAUCCCGCCCAAUCUUCUCUUUAAAAACCUCAACCCUCGCGUCAAGCCGUUCUACGACCAUUUGCACAUACCAACAACGCUGACACCAUGGCCAUUCGUUGCUAGCGACUACCCACGUCGAGCAAGCGUCAACAGCUUUGGUUUCGGAGGGACUAACGCUCACGCCAUUCUCGAAAGCUAUAUCCCUUCGCUCCAAUUUUCCCUUCAAAACCAGGUUCCAUCAACCGUGUAUAUUCCCUUUGUUUUUUCUGCGUUCUCAGAAGCCUCUCUCAAGUCGUAUCUGGCAAUAUUCAGUGCCUAUCUGCGUGAAAACAAGACCACACAUGACCUAAGGGAUAUUGCGUACUCAUUAGACGUACGACGAACACGCCAUCAGGUAGUCACUACUAUAAGUGCAUCCACUGCCGAUGAGCUCUGUGACAAGAUUGAGAAAAAGCUCGAGUUGUCACGCACAGACCCUGAUCAGCGCGUUGGUAUAAGAGCAAUGCACCAAACACCAGAAACAAGGAAGCCUCGAGUGCUCGGAGUUUUUACGGGACAGGGAGCCCAAUGGGCCCAGAUGGGAUUGGAGUUAAUAACUACAUCUGCCGUUGCAAAAGCCACUCUGGAAAGUCUUCAAAAACGACUUGACCAACUCCCCGACGCAGAUCGCCCUACAUGGUCACUUUUACAAGAGCUUGAGAGGGACUCUUCCUCCUCGCAUGUAAUGGAAGCUACCUUUUCACAGCCCCUCUGCACAGCGAUACAAAUCCUCCAAAUAAACCUACUACGCGCUGCCGGCAUCGAAUUUACUGCUGUAGUUGGCCAUUCUUCCGGCGAGAUUGCGGCCGCCUACGCGGCCGGCCUAAUCUCAGAAGAAGACGCUAUCUGCAUUGCUUAUUACCGCGGGCUAUCCUCGUCGCUUUCACAGGGCCUUAAUAAAAAGUCGGGAGCUAUGAUGGCUGUGGGGACAUCUUCCGAAGAUGCUGAAGAUCUUUUAGGGUAUCCCGAGUUUGAGGGGCGUGCGUGUGUGGCAGCAGUCAAUUCAGCAACGAGUGUGACCAUUUCCGGAGAUCGAGAAGCUCUCGAAGAAUUGAAAGUUGUUUUCGAGGACGAACAUAAGCAAGCAAGAUUUCUCAAAGUGGACAAGGCUUAUCAUUCCCAUCACAUGAAGGAAUACUCUGCCAAAUACCUGGAAUCUCUUCUAGCCUCGAACAUUCAAGUAGGCCCUGGUAAUCAAACAUCUUGGUUCUCCAGUGUUUAUGAAUCAGAAAUCAAGGGUCUGGAUUCGCUGAAGGGGCCAUACUGGGACGACAACAUGGUCAAACCGGUGCUUUUUAUGCAGGCUGUCGAUAACGCGUGUGCUUCUAUAGGAAAUUUCGACCUAGCUAUCGAAUUAGGUCCACACCCGGCUCUCAAGGGACCUGCGCUUCAGACCAUACAAGAAAGGCUUUCACAACAGAUUCCUUAUACCGGUCUUUUCACUCGCGGCGUCCCAGCCAUCACCGCCUUUUCUGAAGGGCUUGGAUACUGCUGGACUCACCUUGACCAAGGGGUCGUCAGUCUACAAAACUACGAUAAAUUUAUAUCCGAAAACUUAAGCUCCAAACUAGUCAAGGGGCUUCCUACGUACGCAUGGGAUCAUGAAAACGAAUAUUGGCACGAGACGAGAUACGGCAGAGCAAUUCGCAUGCGGCCCGGUCCAGUACACGAUCUAUUGGGUCACUUGACUCCAAAUAGCACCGAUCAGGAUAUGCGAUGGCGCCACUUUUUGCGUCUGUCGGAGCUGAAGUGGGCGACAGGACACAGAUUGCAGAAUCUUACUGUCUUUCCUGCUGCCGGGUAUAUCGUCAGUGUCGUAGAAGCAGCCAGGUCGCUGUGCAACGAUGCUUCCGCGACUUUGAUUGAAAUUCUCGAUGUCGACAUUGACUCAGCUUUAAUAUUCGACAAUGAUGAUGUGAGUAUUGAGAUAAUAAUUUCUCUGACAGACAUUACAAGACGUGGAAACAAGGCAAUUGAAGCCAACUUCAAGUAUCAUGCUACAUCGGGCAAAGACACCGAACCGCUGAAACUAAAAGCCAGUGGCCGUGUACAAAUUCACUUGGGCCAGCCCAGUCGUACGGCCCUUCCUCCUCGUCCCCAAAAACGAGCAAACUUAAUUUCUAUCAGCGAGAAAAAGUUCUACGAGUCUAUAUCGGAACUUGGUUACCAGUAUACUGGCCAGUUUGCGUCACUGGAGAGGAUUGAAAGAAAGCUCGGCGCUGCAACGGGGUUCGUCUCCAUCACAGAACCAUCUAAAUAUCUAAUUCAUCCUGGAGCACUAGAUGCCGCCUUUCAAUCCACCCACCUGACGUAUGCAGCUCCUGACGAUGGCGCAUCAAGGUCGAUCUAUAUUCCAAAAAGGAUCAAGCGUCUUACUUUCAAUCCAGAUCUCUGUGCACAUGCGAGAAGCAAGCAGAAAGCUCUGGCUUUUGACGCAGCUCAACCAAUCGAACUUCCCCAUGCCAAUAAGUUAUGUGAUAUCAAUUUGUAUCCAGAAGAUCUGGAUAAUGCCAUGAUCCGUGUUCAAGGAUUGGAAUGCGUUCCAUUUUCCAGGCAGACAAUUAAGGACGAUAAAGAAGCCUUUUCUAAUAUUGUAUGGGAUGUUCUUGAUCCCGACGCCCGGGCCAUAGCCUGGGACCGGUCAAAAACAUCUAGCUCGUUAGAACUCGCUGGUCUUCUUGAAAGGGUUGCGGGCUUUUACUUGCGAAGACUGGACAAAGAAGUACCAGAAGACCACCCAUCAAGAUACGAGGCGCCCUACAAAGGUUUACUGAAAUACGUAUCAAAUAUCUCUUCCCAGUCAUGUACCGCGAGGUCACAGCUCACGCAAGCACAUUGGGAUCAUGAUACUCCGGAGGUCCUGGCUGCAGUGUGUAAACAAUAUGCUGAUAUUAUUGACAUGAAGCUGGUCUUUGAUUGUGGAAAGAACCUGGCAAGCUCCGUUACGGCUGAAAAGUUUCCCGGAGAUGUCUCCGGUUUGAUGGAAGAAUGGUAUAGCAAUGGUUCUGGAGUAAAGGAUUUCACAACGCAUCUGGCUGGAAUAUUGAAGCAGAUGGUUCAUCGAUACCCUCAGAUGCAUAUCCUCGAAGUUGGACAGGAAGUUGGUACCGCUACAAACGUAAUAUUGUCCGAGAUAGGCCCAAGAUUCGCUUCUUACACUAUUGCCGCGCCUACAGAGACCUCAUUUGAUCCGGAUCAAACUCUUCCCGAUACAUACAAGACCAAAGUUAUUCCCAAAGUAUUGAACCUCUCAAAGAAUCCACGAGAACAAGGCUUCACGGAAAGAUCCUUUGAUGUGGUUGUGGCGUCUCUUAUUCUACACCAAAGUCCAGAACUUGAGCAAUCUCUGCGCAAUGCACGCCGCCUGCUGAAGCCAGGUGGCCAUCUCAUCGUACUAGAGUUACGGCCCUCUCUCCCUUACUUCUUCAGUGUUGUCUUCGGUGCACACUCUCACCAGUGGUUCAAUGCCGAAGAAGGCAGAACCUCAUUCCCGGCUGUCACACUCUCGGAAUGGGACAGUUUGCUACAUAAAACUGGCUUUUCGGGGAUUGACACCAGUACUGUGGAAGAGAAUGACAUAGGAGUGCCAUUUGAUAUCUUUGUAUCCCAAGCUAUGGACGAGAAGAUUGCCUUCCUUCGCGAGCCGCUUUCAACCCCUUUCCCCGUUUCAUCGUCGGAACCAACAAUACAAGACCUCUUGAUACUGGGUGGAAAUAGUUCAAAAACAGCUACGCUUAUUACCCAACUCUCAUCAGCUCUCCAAGGACAUUGUGGCAGUCUCAGAACCGCACGCUCGAUAGAUUCGGUCAACGUCGACAUUUCACCGAAAACUAUCAUUUUAAGCUUGGCCGAUUUAGACGCAAGCGAAUUUAAGGAGCUUGACGAAUCGAAAUGGGAUGCCUUGAAAAAAAUAGUUUCCCAUACAGGGGCCCUAGUAUGGGUCACCCAUGGUCGCUUUGCGGAUGAUCCACAUGCGAAUAUGAUGCUGGGUUUGCUCCGUGGUGCUGCCCGCGAUAAUUCAACUCUUGAUUACCUGCUAUUGGACAUUGAGGAAUCUCACAGAAUUGAACACAACUUCAUCGCGGAAACUAUUUUACGGCACAAGGCGGCUUCUCAGUGGCGAGAACGUGAAAGCAUUAUCAGCUAUAGCGUUGAAAGCGAGUUAGUCCUAGACAAAACCGGCCGACUUUUGAUCCCUCGUCUCAUCAUGAACGAAAGGAUGAAUGAUCGUUACAAUUCAAACUGGAGACAGAUUCGUGAACCAGCUCGACCCAGCUUCGACAAUAUUGCUAUAUCAACAUCUGACUCAGGGUGGGAUGUCGUGUUGGAACCGUUACCCCCCUGUGACGGAGUGCAGUUGCGAACCACGCACUCACUACUAUCACCCAUUAGGGUUGCUAGUUCUGGCUGCAUGUAUGUAAGCCUCAGCAGUGGCAAACACUCUGGUGAUAAAAUAAUAGCCUUAUCAUCCAAGAAUAACUCUGUUGUGACCCCGCAAGAAGAGUUAUCAAUUCCCGUCAAGGUACCACCUGGCUCUGAAGCUCGCUUUUUGUGGUUGACAGCCCACUACUUACUGGCAUCAUCUAUUUUGAAAGGUCUCUCUCAAGAUGACCAAGUGUUGAUCCAUGAGCCUAGUCUAGAAUUCUCUACAGCCAUUGCCGAGGAAGCGUCAAUUCUCGGUGUAGAGAGCACAUUCACCACCACAAACAAUGAUACCCCGGACAAUUGGGUAGCUCUUCACCCUUUUGCUUUGGAGCAGCCUAUGUUAUCACGUCUUGAAGACGAAAACUUUUCGGUAUUCGUCGACAUGACACCCCGGGAGGAAACCGAGUCCGUUGCAGACCUUGUCGCGACUGCACUUCCAGCUCCCUGUAGGAAAGAAAGCCUAAGGACGCUGUUUGGGAAUAACGCUUGGACCCCCAAAGGCUCACACGUGAAAGAAAUACAAACCCGUCUCCUGAGAGCAGUUUCGUGGGCUUCCGGUAUGCUUAGCAGGUCUCAUUGCGAGCAUAUGACAAGCUUUGCGAUCGAUGGCCUUCCGGAAACCGCCAGCCAACUAGAACCAUUUGCCAUUGUCGAAUGGGAUACAGUCCCCGAGGUCUCGGUUAAAGUUCAGCCUGUGGAUACACUAGUAUCAUUUUCUAACAAGAAAACUUAUUGGCUUGUCGGGCUCACUGGCGGGCUUGGCUUAUCUCUGUGCGAGUGGAUGGUGCAACGAGGUGCGCGAUAUUUUGCCAUCUCUAGUCGUACACCCAAUGUUGAAAAGGCUUGGUUGGAUGAGAUGAACAAAAAGGGAGUUCAAGUGAAGAUUUCCGCCUGUGACCUAACCAAUAGAGACCAAGUACACGGGCUCUACUCUGAAAUUUGCGAGGGUAUGCCAGCUAUUGCUGGUGUUGCUCAGGGUGCCAUGGUUCUGGAAGAUGUAGCUAUUCAGAACAUGACUCUCGAGCAACUAUUACGGGUCACAAAACCAAAGGUCGAGGGUAGCAUCCACUUAAACGACCUCUUCCAAGAGAACACAUUGGACUUUUUCGUGUUUUUCUCGUCCGUGUCAUCUGUAGUUGGAAAUCAUGGGCAAGCAAAUUACGCGGCAGCCAACACAUUCAUGGCCAGUCUUGCCGAACUACGUAGACGACGAGGUCUUGCUGCAUCAGUCAUGGAUAUUGGCGCCGUUUUUGGCGUGGGCUACAUUACCCGGUCCAAAAAUGAAAAAUUGAUGGGAAAAGUAACAAUGCAAUCAGGAGGUUACGUUCGCACUUCUGAACGAGACUUCCAUCAGCUUUUUGGAGAAGCUGUGCUUGCAGGGAAACCUGGAUCCACUGGCCCUAUCGAGCUCGUAUCUGGGGUACGAAGGAUUAGUCAACAAGAAGAAGACCGGCCUGUUUGGGAAACAUGGCCACGCAUGAGCCACUUUAUCAUAGACCAUGAAGGACAUGAGGAUACGGCAGAGUCUAGCAAUAAGGCUCAUAUCCCAGUCAAGGUACGACUUGCAGAGGCCCGAAACAACGAAGAAGCCUAUGGAAUUGUGUGGGAUGCUUUUGUUCGCAAGCUCCAAUCGCUAUUUCAGAUUGACAUUACUGGUCUUACCAAGGCUGAGCUGGGUGCUAUGCGUUUAGACCAAAUGGGUAUCGACUCUCUUGCAGCGGUUGAAAUUCGCGGUUGGCUCAUGAAAACGUUCGAAGCCAACCUCCCCGUUCUCAAAAUUCUCAAUGGCAUAUCUGUUGGCGAGCUGGUUGAUGAAGCAACAGAAGCAAUCCCAUCACAUCUUGUUCCAAACAUAGCCGGGUGUUCUGUUGAGCAAACCAGCUCUCAAAAUUCCGACUCUAGCCAGGAUGUGCCUAGUAGUUCCGACACGGCCAUUAAUAGUCCAUGUGAUUCUGAUCAAGGGACGUUGUCCAAUUCAGAAUUUUCAUCGGACCAAGAAUAUGUGACUGCUAUAGACUCUAAGGCGACAAUCCUUAGGUCGAUCCCGGUUUCUUUCACCCAAGCGAGGUUCUAUCCUUCGGGUCUUUUCUUGGAGGAUAAAGUCGGCCUCAAUCAUAUUGCAUGGGCUCGUUUUACUGGGGAAGUAAGCCCAGAAGGGCUACAACGGGCACUACAUUCUCUAACCGAACAGCACGAAAUCUUAAGGACCGCAUUCUUUGACCAAGCCGGAAAGCAGAUGCAGCACAUAUUGGAUACCAGCCCCGUUUAUGUGGAGCACAAACAGAUUCAAACCGAAGAUGAAGUGACCGAAUUAGUCGUGUCUCUUCAAAAGGGAUACGUUUAUAAUGUAUCGAGAGGCGAAACUAUGCGGGUUAUUUUGCUCUCUCGCUCAGCGACCGAGAACUAUCUCAUAUUAGGUGUACACCCUCUCGUCCUUGAUGCAACGUCGUUUCAAAUAUACUUGAAAUGGCUUGCGUUUCACUACGCUUCUCCGAAUAAAAUACGUCGGGUGAAGCAGUUUGCCGAGUCUUCUGAGCAGAGACACGCGGACUAUGCCGCAGGGAAGUUUGAGGCUGAGCUACAGUUUUGGCGAAACGAAUUUUCGACGCCAAUAAAGCCGUUACCCCUGUUGACGUUGGCCAAAGUAAACGAGCGUCCAAAACUAAAGGCAUACGAAAAUAUCCGAUCUUCUUUGACCAUUGAUGUGGACACCAAAGCACGGAUUCUCGAAAUAUGCCGUCGUGUUCGGGUAACGCCUUUCCAUUUCUACCUAGCAGUUCUCCGCGUCUUAUUACUUCGGUAUACUGCUUAUGGUGAUAAUAGUGAAGAUGUUACAAUUGCAGUUGCCGAGAAUGGAAGAGGCUACGAUGCCGAAGAGAUGGAUGUUAUCGGGCCCCUUUAUAAUCUUGUGCUCGUGCGUCUUCUUACCCAACAAUCUACAAGGUUUGAAGAUUUGUUGGAAACAACAAGAAAUAAAACAUACGCUGCACUGUCAAACUCAAAGCUUCCAUAUCCGAUGCUUGUGGAAGAGCUCAGUCUCCAGCGCACCGCCAAAGACUAUCCUUUCGUCCAGGUUUUUGCCGACUACCGCGUGGGACAGCGCACGACCACGGAAUUUGGCGAAAAUAACGAACUUGUCAUGAUGGGGUUUGAUUUUAAGGUCCCUUAUGAUGUUUUCCUUGACACGAUCGACGUGCCGGAGGGCGAGUGCCUCCACGAGCUGUUCCUACGGAAUGAUCUUUUCGGGAAAGAUGAAGCAGACCGCCUUGCUAGGAGCUAUAAAAGCUUGGUGGUUGCAUUUGCUAAGCAUCCGGCAAUGACUCUAGGUCAGGAUCUCGAGUCUGGGGGGGAAGAGUGA